AUGGCGUCUGCGGUCUCUGCGCCUCCUCCGAUGGAGAAGGCGUCUUCGCCCUUCGCUACGGCCGCUUCCGCGCCCAGUCGGCUCACCGCCGCCCAUGUGGUUCCUUGGGUGGAGAAAUAUCGCCCGCGACGCGUUGAGGAGAUGGCCCACCAAGAAGAACCGAAAAAGAUGCUCAGACGCAUCCUGGAAACUGGAAAUAUGCCACACCUGCUCUUCUACGGGCCUCCAGGAACUGGAAAAACGUCGGCAGCUUUGGCCCUCGUUCGCGAGUUGUUUGGACGCGAAGAAGCGAAAAACCGCCUGCUGGAGUUGAAUGCGUCAGACGAUCGAGGCAAGCGGAAACCAAACGGGGUGUGCUUGGGCAGCGGAGAGACUGUCCGGAGAGGAGCGCCUAUCAAACAGGACAGGAACAGCAUCAAGGUAGUGAGAGAGCGAAUCAAGCAGUACACAAAAACGAACAUCGCAAAGGGGAAAAUCAACCCCGAAACCGGCAGGGAAAUGCCUGCGUGGAAAAUUGUCAUUCUCGACGAAGCCGACAUGAUGACGCAAGACGCCCAGUCGGCGUUGAGGAGAAUCAUGGAAGCUUUUUCUCGCACAACCCGCUUCAUCAUCAUCUGCAACUACGUCCACAAAAUCAUCGAUCCCAUCUUUUCGCGGUGUUCGCCCCAUCGGUUUGAGCCUGUGGCCCGAGAGGCUCAGAAGGCGCGCAUCCGCCACAUCUGCGAGAGCGAAGGCCUGGCGGUGACUACAGGCGCCGUGGACGCUCUUCUUCGCAUAUCCCAGGGGGACUUGCGACGCGCUGUCACUCUUCUCCAGUCGGCCGCCAGCAUCUACGACGACAACUUAACUGAAGAUGCCAUUCUUGAAGUCGCAGGCCAACCGCCGGCUCGCAUCGUCACGGAUUUUCUCCGCGCCUGCCAGGCCUCGCCGGAUGCGGCAAGCUCCGAAGUGGACAACGUUAUCAGCCAGGGAUGGGACGUCUGCCUCCUCCUUCAGGAGAUGAUUCGACAAGUCGUGAUUUCGCCUCAUCUGAAAGAUCUGCAAAAGGCUCGCGUGGUGAACGACAUUGCGCAGAAGGAGUACGCAGUGUUUCAAGGGGCGAGUCCGUACUUGCAGCUCCUCUCCCUGUCGCUGCGGAUCCACGACUGCCUCGCUGCGCCGUGA